AAUUCGAUACCCUGGAUGGGGUCGGCGGAAUGGCCUUCCAGAUGCGAAACAGCAAUAUCAUUGGCUGAUUUUGCCGAGAGCCGCUAUCGGUUUCCCUCGGGCUGGGGAAAAGAGCGGGCGGAUAACAUCGUAACACAACUGAGCUCGGUACAUAUACCCACGGUCUUCUCUCCCUUGAAUGUCUUCGCCAUUCCUUUCCUCUUCUUACCACCACUCCUCAUAUCUCCCCAAACCCCAUCGAUAUUAUCACGAUUAAUCAAUCCUCUACUCAUUCCCUUUGAUUCAUGAUGGCCGCCCGUCGGUCUCUCAGUCGGUCCAUCCCCGCUCUCCGCGCUGCCUCUCCCCGCACGACUGUGGCCAGCAUUUCACCCGCCAGGGCAGCUGCGGCAUCAGCGUCUCGCUCUAUUGCGACUUCAUCUAUGUCUUCACCCCGCGUACUGGCAUCACAGACCUUAUCAAACGGCUCCGUAGCCGCGCGACGCAGGCUUCACGCCACUGCUCAACAGCUCGCCCCCGCAACUACAACCGCGGCUAGUACCGCCACCGAAUACCCGACGAGUCACGAAACCAUCACCAACCCAAUUGAUACCACCAACUUCCGCGACAAUGAGUUCCUGCCUUCCAAGGCAAGCACGUGGAUUGAUCUAUUUGACCCGGCCACCAACAAACUCGUUACCCGUGUACCCCAAAGCACCGAUGAAGAGCUCCGCGCCGCAGUUGACUCUGCUCAGCAGGCCUUCCCUGCUUGGAGGGCCACAAGUGUUAUGGCUAGACAGCAGAUUAUGUUUAAAUUUGUAAACCUCAUCCGUGCUAACUGGGACCGUCUGGCUGCGUCUAUUACUCUUGAGCAGGGUAAGACCUUCGCCGAUGCCAAGGGUGAUGUUCUCCGUGGUCUGCAGGUGGCGGAAACUGCCUGUGGUAUUACUACCCAGAUUACCGGCGAGGUUCUGGAAGUAGCCAAGGAUAUGGAGACUCGAAGCUACAGGGAGCCCCUGGGAGUUGUGGCUGCUAUCUGUCCUUUCAACUUCCCCGCCAUGAUUCCCCUCUGGUGUAUUCCUAUUGCCACUAUCACCGGUAACACUCUUGUCAUGAAGCCCUCUGAGCGUGACCCUGGAGCUGCCAUGAUCUUGGCAGAAUUGGCCAAGGAGGCAGGUUUCCCUCCCGGCGUUAUCAACAUCAUCCACGGUUCUGCUAAGACCGUCGACUUCAUCCUGGACGCUCCUGAAAUCAAGGCCAUCAGCUUCGUUGGUGGCAACCGUGCUGGAGAGUACAUCUACACCCGUGGCUCUGCCAACGGAAAGCGCGUGCAGGCCAACCUCGGAGCAAAGAACCACGCUGCUGUGCUGCCCGAUGCCAACAAGAACCAGACUCUCAAUGCCAUUGUUGGAGCAGCCUUCGGUGCGGCAGGCCAACGUUGCAUGGCCCUCAGCACUGUUGUCACAGUGGGCGAGACCAAGGAGUGGCUCCCGGAGAUGGCAGAGCGAGCCAAGGCCCUGAACGUCAACGGAGGAUUUGAAGAAGGAGCCGACCUUGGCCCCGUCAUCAGCCCCGAAAGCAAGAAGCGCAUCGAAGAUCUGAUCGCUAGCGCCGAGAAGGAGGGAGCCACCAUCCUCCUUGAUGGAAGAAACUUCAAGCCCGAGAAGUAUCCCAACGGCAACUUCAUCGGCCCUACCAUCAUCACUGGCGUUACCCCAGAGAUGACGUGCUACAAGCAGGAAAUCUUUGGUCCUGUCCUUGUCUGCCUGGAAUCUGAAACCCUCGACGACGCCAUCGAUCUCAUCAACAAGAACGAAUAUGGUAAUGGCGCAGCUAUUUUCACUUGCUCGGGCCCCACUGCUUCGAAAUUCCAGAAGGAGAUUGAAGCUGGCCAGAUCGGUGUGAACGUCCCAAUCCCCGUCCCGCUCCCGAUGUUCUCCUUCACCGGUAACAAGAAGAGUGUUGCUGGCGGUGGUGCGAACACAUUCUACGGAAAGCCUGGUCUCCAGUUCUACACACAACAGAAGACAGUGACGAGCUUGUGGCGCGCUGAGGAUGCCGUCAGCACCAAGGCUAAUGUCGUGAUGCCAACGCACUCAUAAGUAUCUUUUCUUUUCAUGAAAAGCAAACGGUUACCAAGAGGUUUUGUUUUGAUUUAAUUGACGUUCUGCAUGAUGAAUGAUCAAAUUGCUCUUAUUAUAUAUAUACUCUGUCUGCUAUCGGCGAAUACCAUAUUUUAAAUGUACCUUUUGGAAUAAGCAACAACAAUUAGCUGGUAACUCUGUCUUAUUCGAGGGUAAUCUUAUAAUGACUAUCAGUGUAAGAGACUAUCAA